AUGUCGCCCGCACUACUCGACAUCUCCAACGAGCUGCUGGAUAUUGUCAUCGAUGGACUACCUGAACAUCACAUUACCAAGCACUUCAAACGAGAAGACGUCAAACAGCUUCGUCUAGUUUGUCAAGAGCUCGAGAAGAGAACCCGUAUACGUUUUGGGAAGGAGUUCUUCUUUCGCCUGGUUGCGAGGAUCGUUCCUGGAGGUUUCGACACUGCACACCAUAUCCUCGACGAUGCGAUAUUCCGUGAAUCUGUCUGCAGUCUCGACAUUGAAAUUGGUCCGAAACUCCCGCCGUUACAAUUUGAUCGGGUUCUGCCCUCACGGAACGGGACUUUUGCAGCAGACUUUGCAAGAGUAGUGACACAUCCUCCUUCAAGUCUGAAGUCUCUCAGCAUCAAGAGCCCAUGUGCACCUGAAGGAGCAAGCAUAAAGAUUUUCAAGAUGAUCCAUCAUGGAUUUUACAAAGUGAUCACAGACUUUUUGCAGGCUAUUUCUUCAUCAAAGGAACUGCAACUUGACAAUUUGAGCCUAGGCUGCGGUUACGUUCCAGGGAAACAAAUACCUGCAGUUCCAAUGGCCUUAGAUCUAUUGUUGCUUCCAACCAUAAAUUGGCUGGAUCUCCUUACUAUCGCACCCAAACUGAGAGACUUGGAGUACGACGGGAGAGGCAGUAUGUUCCCCGGAAUGUACAGCAUCCCAUCAAGUCUACGCGAUCAUCCAACACUUCAGCGCCUCUCGCUCGGGGAUUUGGCCCUCACCAAAAAUGUCCUCGUAGAAGGCUUGGAAAGAUGCCACGCGACUCUGACGAUACUGUGUCUCGCAGAUAUUCGAUUGGCCCAAGGUACAUGGCGCGAAGUCUUCCACUACCUGCGGGAAUAUAUGUAUCUUGGAUUUGUCGAACUCAUGGAUCUCGAGCAAGCAGAGCUCUAUGUAUCUCUUGAGCCGAUCAUCCGACAGCGACCGACCGUGGUAGACCUGGAGAAUAUGACGGAUUUUGGGCCCUGGGAAAAUGCAAUACUGGCGAUGCGACCACCGCCGAUGGUUGAGGCAGACGAUGAGGCGGCACGAGGCAAGGAGCUAGAGGAACUCCUUGCCGACGACUGGAUCUUGGUUGUGCAUAACACUAGAGGGAUGAGGAUCGUCGAGUUGGACGAUGAACAGGGAGACAAUUUGGACGAAUGGCUGGCUAUUUUAGAGGCCCAGCAUCAAUUGAUAUGA